CUGGCUCAUGGGAGACUUGGAAAUGUCUGUGCUAGCCUCAGUAAAUAUCAGAAUGCUAAAGAAUAUCACGAGAAAGCACUUACCAUCGCGAUAGAAAUUGGCGACAGAGAAGUAGAAGGAAGAACAUACGGGAACCUCGGAAGUGUGUUUCAUUCCCUUGGCGAAUAUCAGAAUGCUAAAGAAUAUCACGAGAAAGCUCUUGCCAUCGCGGUAGACAUUGGCGACAGAGAAGGAGAAGGAACAACAUACGGGAACCUCGGAAGUGUGUUAUAUUCCCUUGGCGAAUAUCAGAAUGCUAAAGAAUAUCACGAGAAAGCACUUGCCAUCGCGAUAGAAAUUGGCGACAGAGGAGGAGAAGGAACAACAUACGGGAACCUCGGAAGUGUGUUUCAUUCCCUUGGCGAAUAUCAGAAUGCUAAAGAAUAUUACGAGAAAGCACUUGCCAUCGCGAUAGAAAUUGGCGACAGAGGAGGAGAAGGAAGAACAUACGGGAACCUCGGAAGUGUGUUUCAUUCCCUUGGCGAAUAUCAGAAUGCUAAAGAAUAUCACGAGAAAGCACUUGCCAUCGCGAUAGAAAUUGGCGACAGAGGAGGAGAAGGAAGAAUAUACGGGAACCUCGGAAGAGUGUUUGAUUCCCUUGGCGAAUAUCAGAAUGCUAAAGAAUAUUACGAGAAAGCACUUGCCAUCGCGAUAGAAAUUGGCGACAGAGGAGGAGAAGGAAGAACAUACGGGAACCUCGGAAGUGUGUUUCAUUCCCUUGGCGAAUAUCAGAAUGCUAAAGAAUAUUACGAGAAAGCACUUGCCAUCGCGAUAGACAUUGGCGACAGAAUAGGACAAGGUUGGGCAUACUUAAGUCUUGGAAAGGUGUACUGCAAUCUUGAAAAAAAUUGGCAAGCUAAAGAACAUUUGGACAAAGCAGUCGACGUCAGUAUUGCAGUUGGUGACAGAGAACUGGAAGCCAAGGCUAUUGUAGGUUUGGCAGAUGUCUCUGAUUCUGUAAAUGACAGUCAGAAGGCAAAAGAACAUUGUGAGAAGGCGCUUACAAUCAGCAGAGAAUGUGGUAAUAGAGAGUGCGAAGCACAACUAUACCUCCGCGUUGGAUGUCUAUCCCGAUCGUUUGGUGAAUAUGAUAAGGCAGCAUAUUAUUUACAGAAAGCUUGUUCCAUAUGCAGCGAAAUUGGACACAAAUCGGGUGAGUUUGAAAGCCUUCUCGGUAUUACAAUGUUAAAGUUAUCGCAGUUAGAGGUUGUGGAGGCAAUAGAAUAUCUUCUCCAAUGUAUUGGAAAAUAUGAACAAAUCAGAACUCUUCAGAAAGGAAACAGUGGAUUUGAAAUUUCUCUGUUAGAGCAACGCGGUACUUUUCCCUUCAAGUUACUCACUCGCCUCCUUUGCGGUACCGGAAAAUUUCGAGAUGCUCUCUAUGUUGAGGAGCUGGGACGAGCAAGAGUCCUCGCAGAAUUCAUGGCAGACAAGUACUCCGCUGCAAGCCACAUCUCAGCUGAUCCACAAUCAUGGUUCGGGAUUGAAAACAUCGCGAGAAGAGAAAGUAACUGUGUUUUUUUGUACAUUUCGUAUGAAGAUCGGCGAGUUCUUCUCUGGGUAUUGAAAGCAAAUGGAGACAUUUUCUUUCGGAAAACAGACGAAGUGAAAAUAGACACUCUUAUUGCUGAGCGAGUUUGCGAAGUGGAAGGAGUUUUCAAAAAGAGCGCCGAAUGCUUUGGUGUUUUACCCACAGCGAACUGCGAAGACCGAUCGUUGGAUGACAACGUGACGACAUCUCUUCACGGAGAGAGCCAGGCAAAUUUGCGAGGUGACAAAACCAAAGAUACCGGAAGAAGCCAUCAUUUGUGCUACGAAUGGAUCGUCGCACCUGUGGAUGAUUUACUCACAGAGCCCGAAAUCAUUAUUGUACCGGAUAGUUUUUCGUACCGAGUCCCAUUUGCUGCCUUGCGUGAUGAACAAGCCGGAAAGUAUUUAUCAGAGAAGUACAGAAUACGCAUCGUCCCUUCACUGACAACUCUCCGGCUCAUUCAAGAAUGUCCAGCAGACUAUCACAGUCAAGCUGGUGGACUGGUCGUGGGUGAUCCUACGGUUGGCAAAGUACAAUACAAUGGACGUCUCAUUGACAUUACACCAUUGUUCUGUGCAAGUAAGGAAGCAGAGAUUGUUGGUCAACUACUGGGUGUUCAGCCUUUAUUGGGAAGUCGCGCAACAAAGCAGGCGGUUCUUCAAGCAAUACCUUCAGUGAGUCUGAUACAUGUUGCUGCACAUGGAGAUGCCGAAAGAGGAGAGAUUGCCCUUUCUCCUAAAUGUACUACUAACAGUACUCCACAAGAGGAAGACUACCUCCUGAAAAUGUCCGACAUAGAAGGAGUUCAAGUGCGAGCUAAACUGGUAGUACUCAGCUGCUGUCACAGUGGGCGUGGAUUGGUUAAAAAAGAAGGAGUUAUUGGAAUCGCUCGGGCAUUCUUAGCAUCUGGUGCACGUUCAGUGUUGGUAGCAUCGUGGGCUAUAGAAGACAAAGCAACGGCGAAGCUCAUGAAACAAUUUUAUAAACACCUUGUGCGUGGAGAAAGUGCUAGUGAAUCUCUUCACCAGGCUGUUCAAUGGUUGAGAAGCAAUGGAUUUUCCAAACCUUCCCAAUGGGCUCCGUUUGUGUUGAUGGGGGAUAACGUGACAUUUGAUUUUAUGAAAAAAGGGUAAGUCGGAUUAUAAUGAGCAAUUUUCUACGAUACACCGAUUAGCACACUUAACUUGUUCAGUUCACUCAGUUGUUCUAAUUUUUUUGUUUUUCUUUGUCUUCGUCUUUCAUCCAUAAAAUGCCAAGAAAAAGAACUUGAUUUUAUCUAGCGCUCGGAGCCGGAAUAUUUUCACUGAAGGCUCUCCAAAAUUUGCGUUGAAUGAGCGUUUCAUUUGUUUGCAAUAUACUCAGAAAUAAUUACUCAUGGUCGAUGCGAUACUAGAAGCCAUGACGAUGAAGGUAACUUGAGAAGCUGAAAAAUUUAACUUUACCUGUAAAAAAUCAACAAAAAUUACAAUAAACUGACAAUCUUAAAGUCACUUUCAUAUCAAGCAUGGUAUGUUCGACAAGUUUGGGUAAUCAUAGCCAAUGACAUCAAAGAAGACAGUAAUUUGUUUAAUUGGAAAUCUGUUCCGUUUACUUUAAAGCUGAAAUAGUGACAAGUUUAUGUUUUUUUUAAGGAAAGAAGAACUCGAGGAGGACAACAACGAGGCGGAGAAGAAACAGAGUGACUACUGA